AUAACGUUCCAUCACUAUUCGACAAUUUUUUUGUCAACUAUUUUCCUAUUCGUAUUUGGGAAUAUCUUUUUUACAAAUUAAGCCUAUAAUUAGAUAUAAAAUAAGACUACAUCUUUAGAUUUUAAGAAACCUCUCUUUAGUGCAGUGAUUAUCAAUUUUAUGGUCGUAUUGAACAGUUAUUCAUUGAUUCUAACCUAGUUAAAGCAAACCUAGAGUGUAAACAAACAAUAAAUAUAUACCGGGCUACCUUUUAUACAUACACUCUACUUUAUUAAUAAAUAUUACGAUAAAAAACAUAUUUUUUUUUUCGAUAUGACAGUAAUAGCCGUUCAGGGUGUUCCUAAAAAAUGGGACCUGAAAGGGCUGGUGAAGGUUUUGGCAAAAGUGGUAAGGGGCCAGUUUCAGGCUAUAAACUUUCAGCCCAGUACCCGGCGCCAGCAGUGUAAAGUUGCCUAUUUAAAACUUGCAAAAUAUUUAAAUGCCGCACAGGUGGUGAAUGUAAUUAACAGGCAUGACUUUAAGAAGGCCAAUCUCUCUGCUUUCAUACCUGACCAUGUACCUGAUUUGCCAAUGUCCACGAAACGGAAGGAUGUAACAAAGAAGACAAUGCGUAAAAAGAAAACACUAGACACUAUUGAGCCUACAUUAGUUCUGAGUACCACGCACAAUGAACUAUUGUCAGAGUUACAAUUCAAGUUCACUGGUUUGCUAGAGCUCAGUGAGAAGAGCAAACACAAGUUAUUGACUGAUAUUGCACGGAUAAUUUUGGAACGUCUUAAACAAAUAUCAGAUUCGGACAGUACUGCGGUCUCUCAAGGUGGUUUCCAUCUCAGCAAGCUCUACCGGAAGAUGCACCCUCACACCGGGGACUUUCAAAUGAUCAUGUCCACUUUGCAUACCAUCGAAGACGCUGAGGGCGUGCCCCGCUCUCAGAUACAAGAGAAUGAAUUGAUUUCUGUGCACGCCGAGCCUAAAAUUAUUGAUAACGUGCCCAUGGAUAAAGUGCAUUCAAUAGGCAGCAGAUAUACGGACAAGAUAACGAGAAAGGUCAAUGAUCAUAUAAAGGGUCUGGAAAUUGAAGACGCAACAGGUGCCUCCGAAGAGGUUAUCGCUCGGAGAAAAGUGCGGCUGGAGCUUAAAAAUAUCGCGAUGUAUAUACCAAUGAUAAUAAAACAAACAAUAACGGACAACUUAAAUCUGUCGGCCAACAAGUACCAGAGAGUUCGAGUCUACGGAGAACCAUACCUACCUCUUCAAGACCAGCUGAGUCCCGUGUUGCGGCGCUUUAAAGCGAACAAGAUCCACAGAUCGGACCGUUUGUAUAACAUAUUGCGGUUUGUUGUGCCCAUAACCCAGUUCCCAAGACUCGUCACACUGAUGGAUGGCAAAGUACUUGGUGGAGGGAAGCUGAUAAUCAGGUCAUCAGAUACACCGGUAUUUAAAGUUUCUGAAAAUUUUAUAACGGAAAUGAAGGAGAAUUAUGGGAUAGAGUACAGUCAGGAAGAAGAAAAGAUUGACGACGAUGUGAAUCCAGAUAAUGAUGGUCAAGACCAACCUGAGGAAGGCCAGGAAAACGCGGAACAGAAUUGGGAUGAACCUUGGGAAUAAAGUGUACCGCUCUAAAAUGAUAAUUUUAAUAAAUUAUAUUAUAAGUCUG